AUGAGUCUCUCGGCACGGUUCCUCACACCUUCAACUAGGACUAUAUUUGAGUCCGGACCCGAAUGUGUACGGAAGUAUCCCGUCCUGUAUGACAUGACGCAUGUGAAAUAUUUGGAUUCCAAAUCCAAAUACUCCAUAUGGAAGAGUAUAUCUAAAGAAAUGAAUUUAGCUGAGGACAUCUGUAAAAAACGGUGGUCCAAUAUAAGGGACCAAUUUAAAAAACACAGGAAUAAGCGCAAAGCAAAAAGUGGCCAAAGUGCUCUUCAUAUAAAAAAAUAUAAACAUGAAGACACUCUGCAGUUUUUGUUGCCGCAUGAAGAGGAGCGAAAUACAAUAUCAAAUAUUGAAUCUACUGAGAACUCAGAGCAGACUCAGGUCGAAAUAGAAAUAGAUGAACCAGAUCAUCAACUGCCAGUACAAGAUAAUGUUGACACUGUACCAUCGAAUUUAUCAUCGCAAAAUCCCUCGUCUGCAGGACAAUUUGUUCGGUCGCAAAAACGCUACCGUCGCACGAUGCCGAAAUCAGCAAAACCGACUGAGUCCGCGUCCAAUACACUAAUGACAUCCAUUAUGGAGAAUAAUGUAAAGCAACAAAAGGAUAUUCAUCCCAUUGAUGCAUUUUUCAGUGGCUUGGCACCCACAAUAAAAAGAUUUUCUCCCUACCAUCAGCAUGUUGCUAAAGGCAAAAUAUUUGCAAUUGUGCAAGAGUUGGAGUGGGAACAAUUAUCUACAGAGCCGUGUUCUUUUGUAUCUGGAAUACGAGGCGAAUCAUCACCUAAUGAUAGUUCAACGCCAACGUCAUCACCUAAUGAUAAUCCAACUCCAAAAUAUGUACCAACAACACCAACGCCUCCAAUGCCAGCGACAACCAUAUCUACUAUGGAUACGACCUUUAUUUCACAAUAUACUCUAAAUAAUGAUUAA